AUGGCACAACGCGUGGUUUUGCUCCUACUGUGGCUCUUUGACAGAUCCUUCGCAGGAUUUCCUAAUCAGAUUAAUAUCGGGGGACUGUUCAUGCGUUCCACGGUGCAGGAGCACAGCGCGUUCAGGUUCGCUGUCCAACUCUACAACACCAACCAAAACACCACUGAAAAGCCUUUCCACCUCAACUACAACGUCGACAACCUCGAGUCGUCCAACAGCUUUUCGGUCACCCAUGCGUUUUGCUCCCAGUUCUCCCGCGGAGUGUACGCCAUCUUCGGCUUCUACGACAAGAAGUCCAUGAACACCUUGACCUCCUUCUGCGGCGCUCUGCACACCUCCUUCGUCACGCCCAGUUACCCCACCGAUAACGAGGUGCAGUUUGUCAUCCAGAUGCGCCCCGCCCUCCGGGGCGCCGUCCUCAGCCUGCUCUCUCACUACAAGUGGCAGAAGUUUGUCUACCUCUACGACACCGAGCGAGGUUUCUCCAUACUGCAGGCCAUCAUGGAGGCAGCAGUGGCCAACAACUGGCAGGUGACCGCUCGCUCCGUUAGCAGCACAACGGACGCCGCCGAGUUCAAGCGCAUCAUUGAGGAGAUGGACAGGAGGCAGGAGAAGCGCUAUGUGAUCGACUGCGAGGUGGCCAGGAUCAACACCAUAUUAGAGCAGGUUGUGACCCUGGGGAAGAACAGUCGUGGUUACCACUACAUUCUGGCCAAUCUUGGCUUUUCUAAUGUGAGCUUGGACAAAGUCUUCGCCGGUGGAGCCAACAUUUCAGGGUUUCAGAUAGUCAACCCUGAGAACCCGAUUGUGCAGCAGUUUAUGCAGCGCUGGGAGCGGCUAGAUGAAAGAGAAUUCCCAGAAGCCCGAAACACUCCUCUGAAGUACACUUCAGCUCUGACCCAUGAUGCCAUCCUGGUGAUAGCAGAGGCCUUCAGGUACCUGCGGCGGCAGCGUGUGGACGUCUCUCGCCGGGGCAGCGCUGGAGACUGUCUGGCCAAUCCCGCUGUACCUUGGAGCCAAGGCAUCGACAUUGAGAGAGCUCUAAAAACGGUUCAAGUGCAGGGUAUGACUGGGAACAUCCAGUUUGACAACUACGGCCGCAGGACCAACUACACCAUAGAUGUUUAUGAGAUGAAAACAGGUGGGCCGAGGAAGAUUGGGUACUGGAACGAGUACGCGCGAUUUGUAAAUAUUAUGGACCCGCAGGUCUCCAACGACUCCUCAGUGGAAAACCGAACGAUUGUGGUCACUACUAUUAUGGAAGCUCCUUAUGUGAUGUACAAGAAAAAUUAUAUGCAUCUGGAUGGGAAUGACAGAUAUGAAGGCUACUGCGUCGAUUUAGCAUCUGAGAUUGCCAAACAUGUUGGAAUUAAGUACAAACUGUCUAUAGUAAUGGAUGGGAAGUACGGAGCCCGAGACCCCGAGACCAAGACGUGGAACGGGAUGGUGGGUGAACUGGUCUAUGGGAGAGCAGAUAUAGCUGUUGCGCCUCUCACCAUUACUCUGGUUCGAGAGGAGGUGAUAGACUUUUCCAAGCCCUUUAUGAGCUUGGGCAUCUCCAUUAUGAUAAAGAAGCCACAAAAGUCCAAGCCCGGCGUUUUCUCCUUCCUGGACCCGCUGGCCUAUGAGAUCUGGAUGUGUAUAGUGUUUGCCUAUAUUGGGGUGAGCGUGGUCCUGUUCCUGGUCAGUCGGUUCAGUCCUUAUGAGUGGAACCUCGAGGAACAGGACGAGACCAAAGACCCCCAGACACCCCCCGAUCCUCCCAAUGACUUUGGCAUCUUCAAUUCCCUGUGGUUCUCUCUGGGCGCCUUCAUGCAGCAGGGCUGUGACAUCUCACCCAGGUCUCUGUCAGGCCGCAUUGUCGGUGGUGUGUGGUGGUUCUUCACCCUCAUCAUCAUCUCCUCUUACACAGCCAACCUGGCUGCCUUCUUGACAGUGGAGAGGAUGGUCUCUCCCAUAGAAAGUGCCGAAGAUCUGGCCAAGCAGACAGAGAUAGCAUAUGGCACUCUGGACUCAGGCUCCACAAAGGAGUUUUUUAGGCGAUCCAAAAUAGCAGUGUAUGAGAAGAUGUGGUCAUACAUGAAAUCGGCUGAGCCCUCAGUGUUUGUUAAGACCACGCCCGAUGGCGUAGCCCGGGUACGAAAGUCAAAGGGCAAGUUCGCCUUUCUCCUCGAGUCCACCAUGAACGAGUACAUCGAGCAGCGGAAGCCGUGCGACACCAUGAAAGUGGGCGGGAACCUCGACUCGAAAGGCUACGGUGUGGCGACGCCCAAAGGCUCAGCAUUAAGAAAUGCUGUUAACCUGGCAGUUUUAAAACUGAAUGAGCAAGGCCUCUUGGACAAAUUGAAAAACAAAUGGUGGUACGACAAGGGAGAGUGCGGCAGCGGGGGAGGUGACUCCAAGGACAAGACAAGUGCUCUCAGCCUAAGCAAUGUGGCUGGUGUCUUCUAUAUUCUGGUCGGAGGGCUGGGGCUGGCCAUGAUGGUGGCUCUGAUAGAGUUCUGUUAUAAAUCACGGCAAGAAACCAAACGGCUGAAAUUGGCCAAGAAUGCCCAGAAUUUUAAGCCGGCUCCCCCGACCAACACCCAGAACUUUGCCACAUACAGAGAAGGCUACAACGUGUACGGAACCGAGAGCGUUAAGAUCUAGAGGUUUAGGAAACAUUUCCAUUGUCCCUCACAACUGUGACUAAACAUCUAUGAAAGGACGGGAUCACGGGGAUUGAGCUCCGAGCCAAAUCCUCUCGGGCGGACACGGCACGAUAAUCUGCAAUGACGACACGACUGGACUGGUCACGGGAAGAGCCGAUGCGGUCCCCUCCUCUCAGUGCCUUAUGGAACUCUGAGUCCAAUCAAUGCAACUCA